AUGUUUGACAAGAUUAAACGGGCCAUCUCUGGCUGGAACCAGGACUCAAACUCGCCCCAGUCCUCUCCCACCCCUUCCCUGAGCAAGAAGGACCAUGCCCUCAAGUCCAGCAACUCCUUCCGCAAUUCCCUCCCAGGACGCUUUCGAAACUCGCUCCACCGACGUUCAUCCUCUCCUUCGUCCGACAUCCUUCCUUUGCCUCCUCCAAAGGACACCUUUGAUACCAACAACGCACCAGCAGCCCUAAAGAAAACCUACCCUCCUAAGCCUGAAACGAGUACCAUCCCAGGACUGAAUCCCGCUUCAGGAAACACAAACCCCUCCAACAACCUCGACGCUGUUGGGCGCUUCAUCCAGAGAGCCGCCACCUCUCCACCAAAAUCAGCCUUUAUCCGACGCACCUCCAGCUUCCAAGAGAGGUCCUCUUCUGAGAGCUUGCGUGAAGAAGCACGCGAAGAAGACAUCAUCAUCUUCUCCUCCACCCCGCCAGUUACAAUUGCUCGGUCUUCCUCUGGCAAGGUAACUCGGACUCACAAGGGCUCGCCUGAUCAGCCCCCAACUCUUCCCUCUGAAGCGCCAGUAGUCCAGUGGCCCCGAGGCGGUGCUUCCUCAGCAGCGAAUCGGUCGCAGGAACACUUUCUCCGGACACAUCGCCGAACCUCCACCAGCUCGGACGCAUCUCUGAAGGACCUGCAGUCUAACAUGGCCACUACCCCACCCCUUGGUUCAGUUCUUCGCCAAGAUCUCUCGCAGCACUCGCGUCCUAGCACAAAUCCCGUUCCCACAGCUAUCAAUUCGACAACGAUCUCCGUCACGGAAUCGCACCAAUCACACAAUGUCUCGCGUUCCACUCACCGCGAGACUCCGUCCGAUGCUUCUUCUGCUGAAAAUGCCUCCGUUGAAUCUCAGGGAGCACCAGCAGCCUCUAGCCAUCUGCAGGCGUCUAAUCAGGACCAACCUGAUCAUGUACUUGCGAACGAGCACCCACGGGAACUCGAGGCCGUCAAGAUCACUCCAAAUGAUCCUGUCCCUGCCUUGAGUCCAGCUGUUGCAAGGCAAUUGGCCGCAGGAACUCAGAUGCUCAAGGUCUCGGCCAAGAAGCAACACUCGCGCCUUUUCAAGCUGGAUCUGGAGCAAGGAAGGAUCCUCUGGGACUCUAGGAAGUUUGGUCGCAUCAAUGUGGAACAGAUCAAAGAGCUUCGUAAAGGAAAGGCGGCGCGAAUGUAUCGGGAGCAGCUGCGUGUCAAACCAGAGCACGAGGAGCGCUGGUUGACCAUUAUCUACUCCGCCACGGGCAAGUACAAGGCAUUGCAUUUGGUAGCGCCCACCAAGGACACAUACCAGGACUGGAUCAUGGCCGUUGAGCGCAUGUGGUCCGUCAAGCGUGAGGUCUCCGAGGGCCUUCCUCAGCUUCAGCGCAAGACGAACCAGUGGCUCAAGGAACAUUGGAUGGAUGCUGACAAGAACGUGGACUCGAAACUUGGGUACGAGGAGAUUGUCCGUCUCUGCUACCGCUUGAACAUCAACUUUUCGAGAAAGGAGAUUCGACUGCGAUUCGAUCAGGCUGACGAGAAGAAGCAGGGCUAUUUGGAUUUCGCGGACUUUACGCAGUUCGUGAAACUGUUGAAAGAGCGUAAAGAGAUCAGCGGUCUAUUCCGCACCAUCACCAAGAGCGACUCUAUGAGCCUGAAAGAAUUCACGGACUUUAUUAUCAACACUCAGAAGACUAGCUUUGAUGCAGAUCAUAUCAAGGAGAUUUACGGCAAGCAUAUCGACAAGACGCUGGAAAAGUUCACGGUCGAUUCCUUGACGAGUUUUCUGCUCGCGAUGGACAACUCAAUCUUGUCCCCGACUCACGCACAUGUUCAUCAAGACAUGUCCCAGACUCUGUCAAACUACUAUAUCAGCAGCUCGCACAACACCUAUCUUCUAGGCCAUCAGUUAGCCGGAAUCUCGUCGAUCGAAGGAUACAUUCGAGCAUUGCAAAGCGGCUGUCGCUGUGUGGAAUUGGAUUGCUGGGAUGGAGCAGAUGGGCAACCUGUCAUCUAUCACGGACGCACCUUGACUUCAAAGAUCCUGUUUAGAGAUGUCAUCGAAGCUAUCUCCACAUAUGCCUUUGUGAACUCGCCGUACCCAUUGAUCUUGUCCCUUGAGCUGCACUGUGACCUGGACCAGCAAGAGAUCAUGGCCAAUAUCAUGCGAAACAAGCUUGGAAGUUGGCUGGUGGUCGCACCCCUCGAUGUCAAUGGCACCAAUCUUCCUAGUCCUGACGAGAUGAAGUUUAAGAUUCUAGUCAAAAGCAAGGUCUUGCCUUCUGACGCAGCAUCCCAAGAGUUUUCCACCGACACUGAAUCGGAAUCCGAGCGAGAGAGCGAAGGCGACUCUGAUAGUGUAAAGCAGCAUAAGUCAAAGACAAAGUCAAAGAAGAUUCGGAUUGCGAGGGCGUUAAGUGACAUCACGAUCUACUGCCAAUCCCGCCACUUUCCUGGGUUCACCCACGAUGGUUGCUCGCCACACAAAAUCAUUUCUUUCUCGGAAAGGGUUUCGUUGCGCCUUGGCAAGCAGUCUUUACAAGAAUAUAUUAACUUGAACAAGAGCCAUCUCACGCGCGUUUAUCCUGCUGGCUUCAGGAUCAACUCUACGAACUAUGAUCCUCACCACCACUGGGCUGCUGGUGCCCAGGUUGUUGCGUUGAACUAUCAAAGCCAUGAUCGUGGUAUGCAGAUGAACAGUGCUAUGUUCACGAUGAACGGACACUGCGGCUACGUCUUGAAGCCCCCACCACUAAGACUCAAGCCCGGGGAGGUGUGUAACCAUGACAAGGCCCCCAGUUUUAUAAAGUCCCACCCUGUUGACAUUACCCUGGAGGUAAUUUCGGCUCAGCAGCUUCCAAGGCCCAACGAGGAAAAGUCUGGUGAUGUGAGCGACCCGGUGUGCGAGAUUGAAUUGCUGGUUCCUGGAGAAUCUGCGGUCAAGUACAAGACUCGUCAUGUGAGCGACAAUGGGUUCAAUCCUGUUUGGCAGGAGACAUUCAAGUUCCGGGUGGACUAUGAGCAUCAUGAGUUGGUGUUCUUCCGAUUUGUAGUGCAGGAUGAGGAUAUCAAGUUUUCGGACUUGAUUGCGUCGUAUUGCAUCUCGUUGGAUUGUCUGCAGGAGGGAUAUCGACAUGUACCGCUACAUGAUGCGUCGGGCGAUCCGUAUCUCUAUAGCACGCUGUUUAUUAAGGUUACAAUUGAACCUAUGAGCGUGAGCGGGUAUUUAGCGCAGGUUGGAAAUGCGGUGUCGAAUGCAGCUGCGGCGGUAUCGGCGAGGGUGCCAGGAGCAUCUGGAAACGCCACGAGUGGAUCUAGAUCCUCGACAGAUUGUGAUGGAGAUGGAACGUCGUUGGAGGACCGAAAUAGCUCGACGCACUCUUUGCAUACGACGACGACAACGAAUAGUGCAGCCAAUUUGGAGGCUGCUGCAAUGGCGGGCGCGAAGAGCGAUCGACCAUUACCACCUCUACCACAGACAUUGUUGUCAGAGCCGGUUCUUUUAACGGAUCUGCCACCUUUGCCGCCGACUCCACCGCCGAAGUGA